GGUGACCACCCAGUUGCUAGAGUUCCCUCUCUGAAGAGGGCGCUCUUGUCUGCGUGAUAGGGCUUGGACUACAGAGGACGUAGGGCGCUUUCAGUGUAUUGUUUUGGGCCGCUAUUCUCCUCCUCGCCACACGGGGCGCUGUUGACUCCUCGCAGCGCACUCCCAGCCGCACGGCGGCGUUGUUGUGUAACGCGUUGUCCCCGCGGGUGCUGCAGAGGCCUCGCUCCUUCCACGUCCGGUGAUCGAGCUCUGUGGCGGUGCUCUCGGUGCACCGGGAGGAGAGCGGUGCUCGAUAAUGGCGGCCCCUGUGUCUCCGGUGGGGAAGCGACUGAGGCUACUGUUUGACGGAAGCUCCCCUGGACGAGAGGGAACCCCUGAUCCUUCUAUCCCGCUGGGGAAGCGGGCCUGGGAGGGCGGAACCGUGCGGGGCCUGAAGGGAGCGGCGCCCGAGGAGCUUGCUGUGUAUGUGGAAUUUGAUGACAGAAGCUUUAGACCACAUUCAUGGAUUCAAGUUCAUGGAGAAGAUGUUUUGGUAAUCCUACUGGAAGGACCACUAGUCUGGUCACCCAGGAAAGAGCCCAUUAUUAUCCAAGGCAGCAGAGUCUGCCCCACACAUUGGCCUGCACUGACCUUCACAUCUUUGGUGGAUAAGUUGGGUCUGGGAACACUGGUCCCUAUAGAGUUCCUUUUGGAAGAAAUAUUGAAUUUCCUGCCAGAUGCCAGCACUCUUCGUCUUUACCAGCAGAUGGGAGUAGACAGUCAUAAGCUGGUUUUGAAAGAACAGCCAUUAUUGCGGGAUGCUGUAACAGAUGUGAUUAAUUCAAGAAAAAUUCAAGAGAUCAUUUUGAGAGGUAUUUGCAGUAUUCAAGGUCAGGAAGUUAAGGUUUUCAGACCAGAUGAAGAUCCAGCAUGGGUUUGUGGAGUUGUGACACAUCAAGACCCUCUUACCCGGAUAAUAAACGUUACAAUGACUGAGGGGUCCGAGAUUGUGACGAUUGAUCCAAAAUUGGUACAUGUCGUGCUAGUUGAUGAUUCUGUGUUAGAGCCUGAGGAUGCUCUGUUAAAAGUAACGAAAGCAUCAAAACAAAAGAAGAAGAAAGAAAAUGCAGAUGGUAGGGACAACAGAAGAAGAAAACUACCUCCAGAUGCAGAAGGUGAUUCUUCUGGAAAGAAACAGAAAGCAGAAAAGAAAGAUUUAGAUAGCAAUGGUGGAGAUUCAAAUGAGAUAAAUCGGGGAUCUUUAAAAGGAAGCGGCAGUGCAGACACCACACCAGAUUCAAGAUCCAAGCAAAUGCUUCACUUUGUUCCACAAAUUAAUCGCAAUAUUCGCUUUGCAACUUACACCAAAGAAAAUGGGCGAACAUUGGUUGUCCAAGAUCAGCCUGUUGGCGACGGGGCAUCCCUAGCUUUUCCUUCAUUUUCGGCAAUGGCUACUCAAAACUCUGCGCCAGAAGCUGGAAGGUCUGGGAGUAAAGGUGCUUUGUUAGUCGAUAACAUUGGAAAUACUACUGAGACUUUGACAUCUGUUGCAGCAACACCAACCACCGUAAGAAUCUCUGACACCAGCCUUUCCACCAUGACAGGAGAGGAAAAUAAGACAUCGAGCUGGGCUAUCGGAGAGAAUUUCAGAAAAUCUGUGCCUGCCAAUAGUGGAUUUGGGAUGUCUGUCCACCAGUCAACUUUUGAAGAGGACCGAAGUCAAUCAAAUGGUACAGUUCAAGGAAACCAAUCUGUUGGGUUCCAGUUUGGGACAAGCAGUGUUCAGGAGGAGUCAAAAGACACUGAUCCGUCUAAAAAUCUAUUUUUUCAGUGUAUGUCACAAAAUCUCCCACCAAGUAACUAUUUCACUGCCAUAUCAGAGAGUGUUGUAGAAGAGCCUUCAAACAAGGAUCCGGGGAAGCAAUGCAAGGACGUUCUGUCUUCCGCACUCUUUAAACCGAAGGCUCUCGCUUCAACAGAUCCUAAAGCAAAUGCAAAAAUGGCUUUUUCCGAAUCUAUGCCAAAACUCACUCCUGCAUUUCCAGGAAAGGUGUUAAGCACUCGACCACCUAAGAGCCAUGAGAAUCUAUUCUUGCAACCCCCGAAGCUGUCUCGUGAGGAACCGUCAAAUCCAUUCCUGGCUUUUUCAGAUAACAAAGAACUUUCACCAUUUGGCUUUUCAACCCAGCCGGUCCAAAGCUCAAUAACUGGUACGCCUCCAUCACCUAUAUGGCAAGAACAGCAUAAGGUUGAUGAAUCUGGCUCUGUGGUGAAAAGCAAACCCUUGUUUAUUUCAACAGAGUCCCUAAAGAGACUGCCUAUUACCACAGGUGCAUCAGAAAGUUCUGCAUUUUUAGGAAAUGGACGAUCAGAUUCCCCAGCAAAUAGCCUAAGUCAACCAAUUGAAAUGCCAACAUUGUCAUCAAGUCCUACUGAAGAUAAGCCUGCAAUUGGAUCAGGACAACUGGACAAUCCCUUGUUAAGAACCUUUACUGCUCUGUCAAGUAGGUUGCAGCCUGGUGUCCUCAACUCCUCUGAAUUCUCUCAAGAUAGUAGAGCAGCUUUUGAAUCGGUUAACAGAUUCACACUGGAUGAGCGAAGCAGGACGUCAAAAGCAGAUUCUGAUUCUAGUACUAAUAGUGACUUGAGUGACUUGAGUGAUACAGAGGAGCAGCUGAAUGCUAGGGCUGGUUUUAAAGGUAUUCCAGAACAUCUUGUUGGGAGGCUAGGACCUAAUGGAGAGCAUGGCGUGGACUUGUUUAUGGGGAAAGGCAGAGGAAAACAGGUGACAAAAGGAAGACCAAGAACUACUCCACUCAAAGUUGGACAAUCUAUUUUAAAAGACAUGAGUAAAGUAAGAAAACUGAAGCAGUCAGGAGAACCAUUUCUUCAAGAUGGUUCAUGCAUCAAUGUUGCUCCGCAUUUGCAUAAGUGUCGGGAGUGCAGAUUGGAACGGUACCGCAAAUUUAAAGAACCCGAUCAGGAUGAUUCCACAGUGGCUUGUAGAUUCUUUCACUUUCGCAGACUGAUUUUUACCAGGAAAGGAAUUCUUCGUGUUGAAGGCUUCUUGAGUCCACAGCAAAGUGAUUCCGAAGCAAUACGUUUGUGGGUUCCCAACUCUGUUCCAGCUGAGGGCAUUGAUUUAGAGACCUCAAAAUAUAUUCUUGCUAAUGUUGGAGAUCAGUUUUGUCAGUUGGUUAUGUCCGAGAAAGAAGCGAUGAUGAUGGUGGAACCACAACAAAAGGUUGCCUGGAAACGAGCAGUUAGAGGCGUUAGGGAGAUGUGUGAUGUCUGUGAGACUACACUCUUCAAUAUUCACUGGGUUUGUCGCAAGUGCGGAUUUGGGGUCUGUCUUGAUUGUUAUCGACUAAGAAAGAAUAGGCCUCGCAGAGAAGACGACACAAGUGAUGAAGAAGUUUUUGCCUGGCUAAAAUGUGCUAAAGGACAACCUCAUGAACCAGAGAAUCUCAUGCCCACUCAGAUUAUCCCUGGCACUGCCCUUUACAGCAUUGGAGAUAUGGUCCAUGCAGCAAGAGGGAAAUGGGGUAUCAAGGCCAACUGUCCAUGUAUUAGCAGACACAACAAAACCGUUUUGAGACCAGCAGUAACUAAUGGCAUGUCCCAGCUGCCAAGUGUAAAUACUACUCCUACAUGUGAGGCAACUACAUCAUCCACUACAGAGCAAGCAAGUGAAAAUGACAUUAAAACAGAGGACAUUUUGAAAACGGAUACUGCUGACAGUGUUACAGAGGACACCAUGACUGAAUCAAAUCAUUUUCAAAACAGCACAGACAAUAAAAACAGACAGCAGUCCCCAGAAUCCACUCCAUCUGCCUUGCAUUGGCUGGCAGACCUGGCAGCACAGAAAGCAAAAGAGGAGACAAAAGAUCCUAGUUCAUUACGAUCAAUACAACCUAAAGACUCAAAUUCUUCGUUUGGUUUGGAUUCCUUUAAUUCAAGUGUUAAGACCUCUUCAUCCCCGAAACUUUUCAAUAGCCUUUUACUAGGCCCAGCUGCCUCCAACACCAAAUCUGAAGGAUCCAGUUUAAGAGAUUUACUUCACUCGGGACCUGGUAAACUUUCUCAAGGAACAAUGGAGACGGGGGUCCCAUUUCCACCGGUCUUCAAUUCUGCAGCAAAAGGAAAAUCCAGCUUGCCAAACUUUCUGGACCACAUUAUUGCUUCUGUCGUAGAAAACAAAAAAACAUCUGAUGCUGCUAAGAGAGCCAGUAGUUCAACUGAGAGUCUGAAGGAGGGAAAAGAAAUGGUGAUGGGCUUAAAUGUUCUUGAUCCACACACCUCCCAUUCCUGGCUUUGUGAUGGGAGACUUCUCUGUCUUCAUGAUCCAAGCAACAAAAAUAACUGGAAAAUCUUCAGGGAAUGUUGGAAACAAGGUCAGCCCGUGCUUGUUUCUGGAGUUCAGAAAAAACUUAAGUCUGAGUUAUGGAAGCCUGAGGCAUUUAGCCUGGAGUUUGGAGAUCAAGAUGUAGACUUGGUGAAUUGUCGGAACUGUGCUAUAAUUUCAGAUGUGAAAGUUCGUGAUUUUUGGGAUGGAUUUGAAGUUAUCGAAAAAAGACUGAGAUCAGAUGAUGGCUCUCCGAUGGUCCUUAAACUGAAGGAUUGGCCUCCAGGAGAGGAUUUUAGAGACAUGAUGCCUACACGAUUUGAAGAUUUAAUGGAGAACCUUCCUUUGCCAGAAUAUACAAAGCGAGAUGGGAGGCUCAAUUUGGCUUCUAGAUUGCCCAGCUACUUUGUACGACCAGAUCUUGGGCCCAAGAUGUAUAAUGCUUAUGGCUUAAUUACUGCUGAAGAUAGACGGGUUGGAACAACAAAUUUGCAUUUGGAUGUAUCGGAUGCCGUUAACGUCAUGGUUUAUGUAGGAAUACCAAAAGGAGAGAGUGCACAUGAUGAAGAGGUACUUAAGACCAUUGAUGAAGGUGAUGCAGACGAGGUAACAAAAAAACGAAUUCAUGAGGGUAAAGAGAAGCCCGGAGCUUUGUGGCACAUUUACGCUGCCAAGGAUGCAGAGAAGAUACGUGAGCUACUUAGAAAGGUUGGGGAUGAACAAGGCCAGGAAAAUCCGUCAGAUCAUGAUCCCAUACAUGAUCAAAGUUGGUAUUUAGACCAGGCAUUACGUAAGCGACUCUAUGAUGAAUAUGGUGUACAAGGCUGGGCAAUUGUACAGUUCUUGGGCGAUGCAGUGUUUAUUCCAGCUGGAGCACCACAUCAGGUCCACAAUCUAUACAGCUGUAUAAAAGUAGCUGAAGAUUUUGUCUCUCCAGAACAUGUGAAACACUGCUUCCGCCUAACACAGGAAUUUAGACACUUGUCAAAUACACAUACAAAUCAUGAGGACAAACUACAGGUGAAGAAUAUUAUCUACCAUGCAGUGAAAGAUGCCGUUGGAACGCUAAGAUCCCAUGAGGCUAAAUUGGUUAGAGCAUAGAAAACCUCUGUCUUCUCUCUUGGGAGAUUGUGACACAGGCCUUUCUCAAAUUUUGGAUUUGUCACUUUCUUUGACUAAAGGCAAUUACCGCAAGACCGAAUGGAUCCAUUACACAACCUAGGCACGAUUUUUCUAUCCAGCCUCACAUCUCAAGUACUAUUGACCUGUUUCACUUCUGCACUUAAUUGAAAGGCAUCUUUUUCUGUUGCCGCCUUGAAAUCUAGCCACACUAGCACUGGUCCAUUCUGCUUCUAGUCAGAUUCAGAACUAGAAAUCUAGAAGAGUAUGAUUGGCUUCUCAUGCAUAAUUUUCCAGUCUUUGAAGAAGUCUUCAAAAUUAAUUCAAGGUGAACUAACAUAGAUAAAGCGUUGCAGAAAAACGUUCAUAAGGCACCCACGUAUCUAACACAACGGAUAAGAUAUUUGUCCUCGUAGUUAUUUGCAAUACAAAUCAAGUUGUUAAAACGUUUUAAACAGCAUAGUUCAAUAUGCUAGUUCUAAAUAAAAUGGAGGGUGCUGAAUUAAUGCUUUUACUAGGGGAAGCAAGGGAUUGAAAAAAACUGUAUUUAUUAAGGAACUUAGGUUUGUAGUAAAACAGUUAAUCUUUCAUUAAAUUAGACAUUUUUAGAACUUUUGAAAUGCCACUGCUGUUUUCCUGCAUUACAAGAAAGGCACAUUGCAUUUAGUCUUCCUCUCCAAUUGACUUUUUCUGUAGAUUCAUUCAUAUAUGAGUGCAAGAAAUAGGAAGAGUCAAGAAUCUGUAAAACAGAGCGCGUGGUCAUGUCAGAGUAAGCAUUUACUGGGCAUCUCACCACCGCGGAUUCACCAAGUGUACACUGUUGCUCUAGCAACGUCAUGCAAAAUGUUUCGCACAUGUUUUCCAUUUUCCUUUUUAUGUUGUGCCCAUCGGAAGAAAACCAAUAUUUUUAGCAACUUCAGUUACAUCUUUACAUGUUGGGACAAAUAAAAUUCAGUCAGAUAUCAUUGUUACAAAUAUCAGAGCUUUCCAUAAUGACUUGAGGAAAGUUGAUGAUUUCUCCACCUGUAUUGUUGACACUUUGCAGGUCUGUUUAUAUAUUCAGUUAUACAAGUUUUUUAAGUGAUUUACUGUAGAAUACUUUUAAUUUGACUUCCUGUAAUUUUGAUUUUGUGAAGGGCUGACUAUAGGGUUUCCAUGUUCUUAUUAAAGUACAAUGAAUCUCUAUUUUGAGUUAA